AUGCACAUCAAAACAAUUAUUAUUGAGGGAUUUAAGUCCUAUGCUCAGAGGACAGAAAUCAACGGUUUUGAUCCAUUAUUCAAUGCCAUUACUGGCUUGAAUGGCAGUGGCAAGUCCAACAUCUUGGACUCUAUCUGUUUCCUACUGGGCAUUGCCAACCUAUCUCAGGUGCGAGCUGCCAACUUGCAAGAUCUAGUUUAUAAAAGCGGGCAAGCUGGAAUUACGAAAGCAACUGUUUCCAUCACCUUUGAUAAUUCUGACAAGAAACAAAGUCCCCUAGGAUUUGAAGCUAACGAUGAGAUUACUGUCUCUAGGCAGGUUGUCAUUGGAGGUAGAAAUAAGUAUCUUAUCAAUGGCGUAAAUGCUACAAACACUCGUGUGCAGGAUCUCUUCUGUUCUGUUGGACUCAAUGUCAAUAAUCCUCACUUCCUUAUUAUGCAGGGACGAAUUACAAAAGUUCUAAAUAUGAAGCCACCAGAGAUUUUAGCUAUGAUUGAAGAAGCAGCUGGGACUAGAAUGUACGAAUGCAAGAAAAUAGCUGCCCAGAAAACCAUAGAGAAAAAGGAAGCCAAGCUGAAAGAAAUUCAAACGAUCUUAGAGGAGGAGAUCACUCCAACUUUACAGAAACUGAAAGAGGAACGAUCAUCCUAUCUAGAGUACCAAAAAAUAACACGAGCAAUAGAGCAUUUAAGCCGCCUGUAUAUUGCUUAUCAGUUUGUUCUGGCUGAAGAGAUGAAGGUACGCUCUGCCGAUUCGUUAAAGGAAAUGCAGGCUAAUAUAGAGAAGCUUCGGCAAUCAAUAGCUGAAAGCGAAAAGAAAGUGAGACAACUUAAUGAAGAAAUAGCAGAAAUGGAGAAGAAAAGAGAUAAGGAAUUUGGUGGUGCUCUCCGCUCAUUAGAAGAGACUCUUUCAGAAAUUCAGAGAGCUGAUACCAGAGCACAAAGUGCUCUUGAUCUCAAGAAGCAGAACUUAAAAAGUGAAGAAAAUAAACGCAAAGAAUUGUUAAAAAGUAUGGAGGAGGAUUCUAAAGCAUUAGUGUCAAAGGAGAAAGAAAUAAAGAAAAUGCAGGAAGAACUUAAUGCUUUACAGGAUGCAAGUAAAAAGGAUGCAGAUGCUUUAGCUGUAGCCCAAAAACGUUUUAAUGCUGUGUCUGCUGGGCUGUCCAGCAAUGAUGAUGGUGAAGAAGCUACCCUUGCUGGACAGAUGAUGACAUGCAAAAAUGAAAUCAGCAAAGCAGUAACAGAGGCCAAACAGGCUGAAAUGAAGUUGAAAUAUGCACAAAAAGAAUUAAAGACAAAGCAAGCUGAAGUUAAAAAGAUGGAUGGGGGCUACAAGAAAGACCAAGAAGCAUUUGAAGCUGUAAGAAAAAUUAAAGAAAAACUUGAAAAUGAAAUGAAGAAGCUGAACUAUGAAGACAUAAAAGAAGAAACGCUUUUAGCAAAAAAGAAGGAAUUGACUCGUGAUAUCAGUCGGCUGAGAGAAUUAUAUGAAGGCUUAAUGGCCAAGUUUCCCAAUCUACAUUUUGAGUACAAAGAUCCAGAAAAAAAUUGGAAUCCAAACAAUGUAAAAGGCCUUGUUGCAUCACUUAUCAUUGUGAAAGACGUAUCCACAGCAAAAGCCCUAGAAGUGGUGGCUGGAGGAAAGCUCUAUAACGUCGUUGUGGACUCAGAGGUUACUGGUAAAAAACUUCUAGAAAAAGGUGAACUAAAGAGACGAUAUACUAUCAUUCCACUAAAUAGAAUUUCGGCUAGGUGUGUUGGACAAGAAACUGUCAAGCUGGCCAAAAGCUUGGUUGGCAGGGAUAACUUGCAUUUGGCCCUUUCUCUGGUUGAGUAUGAAUCUGAACUGCAGAAGGCCAUGGAAUAUGUGUUUGGAACAACACUGGUUUGUGAUAAAAUGGACAAUGCUAAGAGAGUGACCUUUGACAAAAGGAUAAUGAUAAAAAGUGUUACCCUUGAAGGAGAUACAUUUGACCCCCAGGGCACUCUAAGCGGAGGUGCGUGCUCACAGGCUGCACCAAUAUUGUCUAAACUUCAAGAAAUGAAGGAUGUUGAAGUAGAACUCAGAGUGAAGGAAUCUGAACUUGAAACUGUGGAAAAAGAGCUGGCAAGCUUGAAGAAUGUUGCUGAAAAGUAUCGGCAACUGAAGCAGCAGUGGGAGAUGAAGUCCGAAGAAGCAGAGCUAUUGCAAACCAAGCUUCAGCAAAGUGCUUAUCACAAACAAGAAGAAGAACUGAAUGCCCUGAAGAAAACCAUUGAGCAAUGUGAAGAGACGUUAAGGACAACCAAACAGAGUCAAAAGAAAGCAGAAGAAAAAUACACGGUAUUAGAGAACAAAAUGAAAAAUGCAGAAGCAGAGCGUGAAAAAGAACUAAAAGAUGCCCAGCAGAAACUGGAUGACACAAAGAAAAAUGCAGAUGCUUCAAGCAAAAAAACUAAAGAAAAGCAGCAGGAAGUUGAAGCGUUAGUUCUGGAACUUGAAGAGCUAAAACGAGAACAGUCCUCCUACAAACAACAGGUGGAAGCUGCAGAUGAAGCUAUCAAAUCCUUCGAGGGACAGGUUAAUGCUAUGGUAGCUGAGGUGUCCAAGACCAAGGAGUCUGUAGAGAAAGCCCAGAAGGAGCUGGCCAAGCAGAAGGAAAUAAUUGCUGUACAUGAUAAAGAGAUUAAAGCCAAAUCUGCAGAGACAGUAAUGUAUAGAGAACAAAACAAUGAAUUGCAGCUUAAGGUUAAAGCAUUAGAACACAACAUCAGCAAACAUGAGCAAGAGACUGCCGAAGCUGCUGCUAAGGUGGCCAAAAUGUUGAAAGAACAUGAAUGGAUAGCUUCAGAGAAACCACUUUUUGGUCAGCCAAACACAGCCUAUGACUUCAAAACUAACAAUCCUAAAGAAGCUGGUCAGAAGCUGCAGAAAUUGCAGGAGAAAAAAGAGAAACUGGGACGAAAUGUGAACAUGAGAGCUAUGAAUAUGCUUUCUGAGGCAGAAGAGAGGUACAAUGACUUAAUGAAGAAAAAAAGAAUUGUAGAGAAUGACAAGUCUAAAAUUCUUGCGACUAUUGAAGAGCUUGACCAGAAGAAAAAUGAAGCUUUGUACAUCGCUUGGCAAAAGGUGAACAAAGACUUUGGUUCAAUUUUCUCAACGCUACUACCAGGAGCCAAAGCUAUGCUGGCAGCAGCUAAAUGUCAAAAUGUGUUAGAUGGUCUGGAGUUCAGAGUGGCCUUAGGAAACAUGUGGAAGGAAAAUUUAACAGAACUUAGUGGAGGUCAAAGAUCAUUGGUGGCUUUGUCUUUGAUCUUAGCCAUGCUUCUCUUCAAACCUGCCCCAAUUUAUAUUCUGGAUGAAGUGGAUGCAGCUCUUGAUCUCUCUCAUACCCAGAACAUUGGACAGAUGCUACACACUCAUUUCAGACAUUCCCAGUUUAUCGUGGUAUCCUUGAAGGAUGGAAUGUUUAACAAUGCAAACGUCCUCUUCAAAACCAAGUUUGUCGAUGGAGUAUCCACAGUUGCAAGAUACGAUCAAUCUCAGAGUAGAAAUAAUGCAUCUGCAGGCAGCAAACUCAAUAAAACACUGUCAAAAGAGAAGUUUCAAGGACUGGGAAACAGUAUCAGAUGAUGCACCAGGUGCCAUAACAAUGUUUUACUGUCCUGUGUCUUUUAUCUAUAGCAAGCCCAGAAUGAUAAAUUCAAUUUUUAGUAUGAAAUUUAAUUUUUU